AGUGCUGGACCGGAAGUGUAGAGCAGCGGAUCUCAUACACAGGAUCGGCAGGAUGAGCUCUGCCCCGCGCCGGUUCCGCUGCUUCGCGCUCUGCCUGUGCGUGAUCAGCGGACUCACCACACUCUCCGAUGUGUGUGCAUCAGAGGCUGCAGCUCCUCCAGAUGUGGAGCUCCAGACGGCCCCAGCGCUGCACUCACAGCCAGCAGAGAUGCUGGAGCGGCCGGGCCCCCGAGAGCCCUGUGUGGAGGAGCCCCAGGAGCCGUUGGAGCUGCAGUCAGCCGUCAGUCACGCUGACACCACAGAGAACCAGAACCAGAACCAGAGCUUCAGCGAGGCGGCGAAGACCUUCAAGGUGAACUGUGAGAAGAGGAACAUCAGCGUAGAGGAGCAGCUCAUGGUGCAGGUGCUGAAUGCCUCUCAGGACCUGAUGGAUCUGCUGAACGCUAACAGCAGCGAGUGUUCUCUGGUGCUCUUCUACACCGGCUGGUGUCCGUUCUCUGCUAGCCUCGCGCCGCACUUCAACGCCCUGCCCAGAGCCUUUCCCAGCAUGCACUUCCUGGCUCUGGAUGCGUCUCAGCACAGCAGUCUCUCCACGCGCUUCGGGACAGUGGCGGUGCCCAAUAUUCUGCUGUUUCAGGGGGUGAAACCGAUGGCCAGAUUCAACCAGACGGAGAGAACAUUAGAGACGCUCACAGCCUUCAUCAGCAACCAGACCGGGUUUGAGGCGAGCGCGGGUCAGUGUGUGUUGCCGGAGGAUCAUGCUGGUCCUCUGCCGGCGGUCCCCGUGCGCAGCAUCGACUGGCUCUUCGUCUUCUCGGUUCUCUUCAUCCUGGGCUUCGCUCUGUACGCCGCCCUGUGCACCGACAGCAUCCGCUGGCUCAUUCCAGGACAGGACCACGAACACCAGGAGUAGAGCUUGUGUGUGUGUGUGAGAUUCUGAUUGUACAUACCUGUGAAAUAAAGAACUGUUGACUGGUGAAGCAAUAACACUGUGUGCGUCUGAAUAUGAGGAGUAGAGAUGCACAACACUGGAGUAUCACAUGGAUGAUGCGUGAAUACAGCAGCGUCUCCAUCCAAUCAGAAACAGAAGAGUAUAAACUCAUCAGUGUGUGCUAAACAUGCACAAAUACUGCUCAGUUCUGGAGGGAAUAAUAAUAAUAGAAGAGGAAGAAUACUGAAGCACUGUGAUGACGGACUGACGGAGGACAUCACAUCUGCUGGACACAUGGAGAUCUGCAGACUAACAUUGAUGACACAAAGAGUGUCAAGAUUGUCAGUGUAAUGUAAUGUAAUGUAACCCGUUGCUUGAUUUAUUGUUAAACGCUGACUGAAAUUAAAUAUUUCAAUUAAA